UGCAGCCACUCCCUGUCCCACUCCCCACACUGCCUCUUUGACCACUACAGCUACCACUGCCCAGCUCCAGGAUAACUACCAGCCUUACUGAGACCGCUCUUCUCGGACCCCUCUACACUGCCUCGUACCUCUCUGCCCCUCUCCUUUCAAUAGCAUAUGACUGCAACCAUGGCUGACAUCAACAAUGGUUAUGAACAAAGGUUUCAGGCAAACGGACAUCAUAAAGAGAUUGACCUGAUCAACAGAGACCCCAAGCAAGUCAACGAGGAUGUAGUGAAGGUGGACUUUGAGGAUGUGAUCGCUGAGCCUGAUGGGACUCACAGUCUGGAUGGGGUGUGGAAAGCCAGUUACACCACCUUCACUGUGUCCAAAUACUGGUGCUACCGCAUCCUAUCAGCCAUUUUGGGGAUCCCAGUGGCUCUGCUGUGGGGCUUCCUAUUCGCUUGCCUCUCCUUCUGCCACAUCUGGGCCGUUGUGCCAUGUAUUAAAAGCUGUCUGAUCGAGUCCCAGUGUCUGAGCCGUAUCUACUCCCUGGCCAUCCACACCUUCUGUGACCCCCUGUUCGAAGCCCUGGCAAAAAUAUUCUCAAGUGUUCGGGUGGUGCUACGGAAGGAGGUGUAGGGUUCAGAAGCAUGGGAAUGGGACAGGGAGGAAGUGGUUAGGCUGCUCUCCACCCAUUUUUUAGCAGAUGCUCUCAGCUACAUUAACUUACAGUUAGUGAAUUCAUCUUAAGAUAGCUAGCUGAGACAACCACAUAUCACAGUUAUCAGCAAAUACAGUGCUAGUAGGAAAAGACAACUGUAUGUUUUUUUUUGGGGGGGGGUGGCUGAGAUGUCUUAUUUAAUAUGGUCUUUGUAGAGGAAGGGUUUCAGACAUUUUUUCGGAAGAUGGGCAGGGACUCUGCUGUCCUAGCACCAGGGGGAAGCUGGUUCCACCAUUGGGGUACCAGGACAGAGAAGACUUUGACUGGGCUGAGCGGGAGCGGACCUCCUGUAGGGGUGAGAUGAACAGGAGGCCAGAGGUGCCAGAAUGGAGUGCUCUGCAGUAUGCCACAUAGGCUACUUCCCUGGCCUCUUGUCUGACUGCUGAUGCUGGGUCUGGGUCUGACCCAUCUUUCAAACAGAGUUUGUGAUAGAUUAUUGGGAUAUCAAAGAUACGUUAUUGUUAUUUGUCUAUCGAUUAUUGUGUUCAAUCAGAAGACAAUAAGAAGAGUGCUCGCAUCUGGGUGCCAUCGAUGGGGGGUAAUCCAUGGUCUAUACAACAUGGUACACGACAAACAACACUCAUCCAUGCUUGAUUGAUUUGAUACUUAAGUAUAUUCCAUGCUCUAUUCCAUGGUCAUUUUUCACAUGUUGA